UCAGAAAAGGAAAAAAAGGAGGAAGUCAGAAAGUGAUGAAAAUGAUGUUUCCUGCAUCAUUUCACAAUCUGUCUGUCGGUUUCCACACAGCUCACUUUUCUGACAGGAGAAGAAGUCAGAACAUUAAGAGACUCGCCAGAAAACUACAGGAUGGCAGUUUGGGACAGAAAGAUUCUCUGGAGCUUCGUCUUCCUGCUGGCAGGUGCUGUGGGUCAAAGCGUGAACUACCCAGAUCCUGUUUGUGCUGUGAAAGGAUCGACUGUCACCCUCCCCUGCACCUUUACACCUAAGUCUGUCAUUCAGGACGGAAGAGAAGUUUCCAUAGAGAUCAUCAGAGUCGUCUGGUGUCAGAACCAUGCCAUUUGUCAGCUCACCACCCCGUCUGUGUACGACAGUGAAUCAAACAACAACAGGCCUCGUUACAAAUACCUGGGAGACAAGAAGGGAAACUGCACUUUACAGAUCUCAGAUUUACAGGAGGACGACGACGCGACUCUUCGCUUCAGAAUGGAGGCUACUAACGUCAGAGGACAUUAUACUGGCCAAUCAGGAGUGAAGCUCACAGUCACUGAUUGGACUCGCAUGGAGAUAAACAGCUGCAGCGGUGACAGAGAGGUGAGAAGAGGUGAAACCGUCACGCUGUGCUGCACUGCAGACUGUACUGUCCACCCACUGGAGAUCACCUGGUUCAGAGAUGGCCACGCCCUCUCAGAGUCCGGCCCCGCCCUCCAGCUCGGCCCUCUGACCCCGGGGGAUUCUGGGAACUACACCUGUAGUUUGAAGACUAACUUCAGCACGCUCUCCCCGCCGUACAGCGUGCAUGUGGAGGCUGAAGAGGAAGGAGAGCGGAGCAGCGUGGCUCUGAUAGCUGGUGUGGCGUCUGGCGUCCUGCUGGCUCUGUUCACUGUCAUUAUGGUCGUCUGCAUCAUCAAAAGGAAGCGAGCAGCAGCAGGAGAUAAGGAUCAGGGAGCUGCGGGAGCUGACGUGGAACAAAACCGUCCCGGUGACAUCUACAGCAACGUCCUGCCGCCCGCGGAGCAGGGGGGGGGGGGUCAGCGACGGGAACCCGGCCGGGCCGCGGAGGAAGUCAGCUACGUCUCCGUCCAGUUCAAACACAAGAACCGGGCCAGACCAGUGGAGCAAGCAGAGGACGCCGUCGUCUACAGCUCGGUCGCCAGCCGAGGCUGAAGUGCCGUCUCAUUCCCACCCACGGGAUCCCAUUAAACAGGAGGGAAGUCCCCGCCGACAGCAUGACGACGGGACGUCCCGGGAGUCCGUUUGUGUUUAUCUGGUAGUUAAACUUUGGCAACUUUAUCAGCCUGGAAGUGUGUUGCCGUAAGUCUCAGCAGGCGGACUUUGUUUCUCACAGCAGCGUGUAGUUUAUUCACAACAUCUCUGCAAAAAACUAAAAUAUCUUCGUGAAACUGGCCGCUGAUGUAAAUAAGUUUCCCGCUGCAAACUCGCAUUAAAAGCUUAAUUUUUUAUUUUAAAUAUGUUACACAACACAGAGACGCAGGAGGUUCCUUUGGAGUCAGUGUAAAACCUGUUACUGUAUCUGUUGAAAUCUAAUAUAUAACCCUGCAUUUGGACCGCUGCACACUUACAGUACACCCCGGCAACCACCUGGAAUCUCUAUAGCAACCACUCUGAAGGCCUUAAUGCCUGGUCGCACCAGUAGACGAAAAUUUCAUGCCAAAAUCCAUUAAUUUCAAUAGAAUCGCUGCGAUCGGUGGAUUCACUGGGAAUGAAGUAAAUCUAAGAAUCGUAGCUUCGCUCUGUGUUCCCAUCCAGUUUUAUUGAAGCUCUUCUGUCAGAGUAUGGAGACAGGAAGACAUCAUACCGAGACAGCUUUUAAUAAACUGUCCCGUUAGUGACCGAGCUAACAAGCUAACAAGCUAACACAGCUCCUGCUGCGGUUCAGUAGGCUGCUCUGCCUAAAAAGCAUCUCCUCGUGUGUCGAUCGUUUGGGGAAAUUAAUUUACAAUCGAUCGGCUGACGUGUUUCUGCAUGAAUCAAACCGUGAGCUGACAUCUGCUGUUUUUUCCUCUAGAGUUUCCUAACUUUGUUUUGGGGGGAAAAACCAGCUCAGAGAGCUAUUAGCAUUAGCAUGCCACUUUCUGGUGUAACCCGAGCCUUAAGAACCUAAACCUGAACACUGAGAACAAUAGACACCACAAAGGAAGCUGCUAAUUGUGCCAUACCAACCAACCCAUUCACCCCAAACACCCCAAACACCCUACCAACCACCCCAAA